GUUUGAGUCGAGCGUUCGAACGGUGCGCACCUGUUGGCGGUUUCUUGGUAGGUGAGCGCGGAUUUUGGCCAGAAAUGUGAAGAAGCCCAGUCGGUCGGGGCUUCGUGUGUUUGUGUGCUUGUGCGUGUGUGCGUGUUUGCGGUCAAGUCGCCUAUGAAAAGUGAACAACGCUGCGCUUGCGUCCUGUUUGGUUGGUGAAAUUUUCCAUUAUUAGCUUUAUUUAUGUGCAAAAUCUAAUUGAAAAUAACGUGCAACAGCGCUGCACGCAAAAACAUCAAUCAAAUCUCGGCGAUUGCAAUCGUGUGAUUGAUGGAAACACUUUGAGCUUAAACACACACGGUCAAAGCCAAAACAUGCCUCGCCAAGGCACGGUUCAUCAAUAAAAGAAACGAAAUAACUUUGAUAAAUAAUAGAAACCUCUGACAAUAAGCCUCAAAGAGGUAAAAUAGUGACGUAGUUUAUGCAAACAUGCGACGAAAGCCACAGAAUUUAACACACAACACACAGUCGAGUAGAGCCGAAGACAGAGGCGGAGGAGGAGGAGGAGGCGGAGUUGGACUUGCACUCGCAGUUGGAGCUGGAAGAAGGGGCCGAGGCCCCUCCCAGCAGUCAGCCAUUUCCAACAAUAGAAUGCCAAGAGACCAUCGACACUUGGUGGCCCUGGCCGUGUCGACGUUGCCACUGGCUCUUCUGCUGCUCCUCGUUCAAACAGCAGCCGGCCAGCACGAGAGCAUCUCGCAGAUCUCGCCCAAGUCGAGCAGCCACCGCAGUCCGGGCCGCCUGAGCAUCGAGAGCACCGUGGCGGACUCCAUCAACGGCCUGGCCGAGAGUGCCUCCUCGCCCCGCGAUCCCAACGAGAACGAGACGCGGGCGGAGCGCGUGGAGCGCUCGGCGUCGCCCAUCCUGCACGACCGCCAGCCCGCCGGACCCAACGACGUCCACUUCCCGGAGGAGCUGGAGAAGGACGUGUCCGCCGGGCGGUACUUUCACUACAACAUCAAGCCCACGGGGACGUACGACAACCAGGAGGAGCAGCCGGAGCGCACGCACCAGGCGUCCGGGAUCAGGGCCGGGAAAACCUUGUCGCGGGGCAGCAGCACCACUGGCAGCACCACUGGCAGCAGCUCAGAGCAGUCUUUUUUAGGGCGGGGGGACCUGCGACCGCUUGUGUCGGGGUCCCCGAUCCGGCCGAGUCCGAGCAGUACUGCCACCUCCUCGACGGCGGCCAGUGCCACGCUGGCGCCGCAUAGUCCGCGCCAGAACGGAAACCCCGACAUCCAGGACAUCAUCACGGGCAUCGUGAAGCUGCUGAACGGCAACGUCAAUGUGCACGCCAACACGCAGGGCGUGCGGCGUCCCUCGGCCAGCAGGAUCAACAACCGCGGUCCGCCGCGCAUCUCCGAGGCCCAGAACCUGCCCAUCGACUACGAGGCCCAGAAGCCCGGCACCUCGAUGCGGCCGCCCCCCUAUCCCUUCGACCGUCCGGAGCGUCCCUUCAUCACCGGCGUGCCCAUUCCCGAGCAGAUUGUGCCCGUGCGACCGGGCUUCGUGAGCAACCGUCCGCCCUGGUACCGCAACAAGCCACGCCCACCCAUCGCCACGAGUGUGGGCGGCAACCGGCGACCCCUGCCCCAGUACAAACCCCUUCCAGCUCCGCAGGUGCAGUCCCAACCCUCCAUCCCAGCCCAGGAUCAAGCGGACAAGGACAAGGAAAAGGAGAAGGAAGCGAGUCAUCAGGGGGAGCAACAGGUGCAACAAUCAGGAGACGACAUGGUGCAACCCACCGAUACCACCUACGACUCGGAGUUCUCCAACGAAGAUGCCAAUGCCCAGUACAUCGAGGUCUCCGACCAGGACACAGAUGCCACUGGCGGUGGCGAGGUGGACGACGAGCUGCAGCCGCCUCCCGCCCCGCCCUCUACCACGAACAGUCCCCCAACGCCCCCAACAACUCCUCCGAAGAAGAAGCACAAGCCCAAGCCCGGAACUGACAAGAAGAAGCUGCCGGAGGAGGAGGACGUCACCACCAUCAUUGAGACCAGCUCGGUGGUGCACACCGUGAUGGGCGUGUCUUCCACCUACGUGCCCAUGUCCAUGGACAGUGCGGAGAGCCUCGGUCUGGAUCCCUCCACCGAGGAGGUGAUCUUCAUGACCGCCAAUCGCACUCCCGGCCUGGACACCAGUGCCACCUCCUUGCUGGGCAUCUCCUCGGCCUCCAGUCCGGCCUCGGCCAUCAGACCCACUACCACUACCUCGACCACCACCACCACCACCAGUACCACCACCAGUACCAGUACCACUACCAGUACCACUACCAGCUCCACCACAACCACCACCCCGCCAUCAACUUCGAGUUCCACCGAAAGUGCGCCACCUAAUAGUUCCAAUGCUAACACCACUCCGCCCGCCCCCUACCACCCCCGUCCCGGGAUAGUCCUCGACGACCCCGAGUUCAAGCCCGGCGGUCGUCCACGCCCACCAGGCCAGCGGCCACCCCCCCAGCAGACCCUGCCCCUGCCGGCGGUGCAGCCCACGCGCCAGCACCUGCCGCCCGGCUACGGGGAGAUCUUCGACGUGACCCUGUCCGCCAUCCAGGGCCCGGGGCCCAAGGGCAGCGGCUCCCAGCAGACGAUCAACAUCAAGCCCUACGGCACCUACGCGGCGGGCGGAGGUCAGGGCGACAUCAUCGUGUCGGCUUCAGGUGACGACGGCUUUGUCUCCAUCGACGGCAAGCGCACUUACAUCAAUCUCUUUGGUGACCCCACAGAUCCCCCAGCGGGGGCCACAACCUCGGCCACGCGACUGCCCCAGUUGCCAGGCUCUGGCUCUGGCACUGGCUCGGGAUCAGGAUCAGGACCAGGACCAGGAUCGGGAUCGGGAUUGGGAUCCUCACCAGGAGUGAGUGUGAGUGGUGGUGGUUCGCCCAGCUCCCCUGCUGUGCCGCCCAACGCGGUCACCCAGAGCAGUGGGGGCUAUGUGGUGCCCGAAACGGAGGUGGUGGACCUGCAGGGCCACAGCAAGCCGCAGGGCGGAUCCCCGACGACGAAUGCCGGACCCACGCGACCGCACUACCGCCAGCGACCCACGCAGCCGCCCGUGAGGAUCGACACCUGCAUUGUGGGCGACGACUCCACCUGCGACCAGGCCCAGCACGAGCGCUGCAAGACGGACAACGGCGUUUCCAGCUGCCACUGCCGGCCAGGCUACUCGCGACGCAAGCACCGGGAGCCGUGCCGACGGGUCAUCUCCUUCCAUCUGGGCAUGCGCGUGGACCGCAUCUACGAGCACAGAAUCGUGUGGGACACCAAACUGAUGGACAAGCACAGCGAACCCUUCGGCCAGCUCAGCUACGAAUCGAUUCGGGCGUUGGACUCUGCCAUGUCAAUGACGCCCUACUCGGACGAGUUUAUGGAGGCGAAGGUAAACAACAUCUACCGGGGCGAUCCGAACCUGGGCGGAAGCGGCGUCUAUGUGAACUUGACCAUCAAGCUGGACGAGAGUGUGGAGACAUUGCGACCCAACCUGCGCAGCGACGUCCAGAAGCACCUUCUGGGCGUCCUCCACCGGCGGAACAACAACAUCGGCAACUCCGUGCUGUACGUGAGCUCCCCGGAGGGAGCGGUCUCGGCCCUCCAGGACCUGGACGAGUGCCAGUCGCCGGAGCUGAACGACUGCCACCCCGGGGCCAGCUGCAGCAACACCUGGGGCAGCUUCCGCUGUGCCUGCGAGGCGGGCCUGCGCGAUCCGUGGGCCGACCAGCCGGCGCGGUCCGGACGCGAGUGCCAGGCCUGCGCCGAUUCCGUGUGCAACAACCACGGCACCUGCAGCUACGGCGACGACGGCGCCCAGCUCUGCUCCUGCGACUCCAGCCACUACGGCGCCCAGUGCGAGAUCGACGGCGAGGUGCUGGGCGUGGCCAUCGGCGCCUCCGUGGCGGCCAUCAUCAUCAUCGUCCUGACCCUGGUGUGCCUGAUCAUGUGGUCGCGGCGCUGGCAGCGCGAGCAGAAGAACGCCAUGGGCUCACCGGUGUUUGGGUACAUGAACACCGCGCCGCUGAAGUCCGCCGGACUGCCCCAAACCGGCUACCAGGUGACUCUGGAGGACCGCAUGCGCUGGGCCCAGAUAGCCGACGUCAUGGCCCAGACGAACCACUACGGGCAGGCUGAGCCGAUCGGACCCACUCGCCCCUCCUCGGCGAUGUUUGCGUACCCCAACCUGGGGGCCAUGGGCAUGGGCACCCUGGGCGGGAUGUCACUUCAGAGCACCAUGCAGAUGCAUCCCAGUGCCACUCUGGCCCCUCCCGUGCCAUUGCCCAGAAGACUUGGCCUGGGUCCCCGCUCAAACGGAAUGCGGACACUAGAGAACUCCAGCUCCAGCGAGGAGGAGGACCGCGCUGAUCUGCUGGGUCGCAACUUCCAAGUGCCACGCCCUAAAAGUCGCAGCAACGGCAGCAUAGCGAACCAAUCCGGCAUCUAUUACGAUGUGGACUACGAGCCGUCCGGCAAUGGGAUCGGCAACUCGAGCGUGGACCACCUGUACGGGUCGCACAACCAGUCCGUGACGCACUCGUCGGGCCACAGCCACAUCCCGGGACCCCAGGGCAUUCCGAUGAGCACGUACACCUCCGGUCGGGGUCCCAGCAGCUACUACAUGAAGUGACCCCUGGCCGAACAGAACCCACAACCCUGUACAUACGCAACCUAGGCUAAGCCGACUAAAACUAAAACCCUUUUCCACUGCAGUCCCCGCGGCGACUGCAGCUGAGACGCGUUUUGAAGAACCCCUUUUUAGCAUGAGAAACGUAGACUUAGGACUAUCCGUAGGUUCCAUCUAGAUGUACGCAAUGCAAGCAACAACUAAUCAUUAAUUUUAAAGCCUACUUUAAAAAUUUAAAUUAUUUCACUGCUGUCCACUCAAAGUCAAGUCCCAUAAAAUAGUUGCUUAGUUUAUUUUAAUUUAAUUAAAUAAAAUUUUACAUAAUGCAAUAAGUUUACAAAGCAAGAAUGUCUGUUUAUGUAUAUAAAUAAAUAAAAAAUCUAAAUUUACUGUGAA